AUGUAUGUUGUUGAUGUUAAUCUUGUGCAUGCAACAAAGUUCAACCAGCAUCUCUGGGACUACAUUGACGCCACGAUGAGGGAGAAGGGGUUCGAUCGAUCGGCGGCUAUGUGUAUGGAAAAGUGGAGGAAUCUGCUCAAGCAGUACAGAAGGGUGAAGCAGAACAAAAAUCCUGAUGCGGAUGGGAGCGAUGAGAUGAACUUCUACAGUGAAAUCGAUGAGUUUAUGAUGGAGAGAGGCGGAAAUGGGAAGGAUUCUGAAUUGGACUCGUUUGUGCAAUCUGUUGGUGAGAAAGAUAUGGAUGAUGCUAGUCUAACUUUUGGACAUAUGGAAGGUUCUGGCGGAUCAGCGCUCAACUCUGAAACACAUAUGGAUCUCGAGGCACAUCCUUUUUCCAUCAUCACGGAAGCUGAUGCGGUUAAUGUUUCUCCAUGGAAUUGGGGAGAUACUCUUCCUGGAAAAGGUGAGCAAAGAAACACUAACUGUGGGAGGGUGAUAACAGUAAAGAUGGGAGAGUAUACAAAGAGGAUAGGUAUUGAUGGCAGUGGAGAUGCUAUAAAGGAAACCAUCAAAUCUGCAUUCAGGCUGAGGACAAAACGCGCUUUCUGGUUGGAAGAUGAAGAUAAUAUUGUUCGAGCACUGGACAGAGAUAUGCCGAUAGGGAACUACAUUCUUCACGUCGAUGAAGGCCUGAUGAUUAGAGUUUGUUUGCCAGAGCACUUGCCAGUGCACACAGAGGAGAAAACCUUCUAUACAGAUGAUGAUUUUCGCCAGUUCCUCUCGAGACGUUGCUGGACUUGUUUGAGAGAGAACAAUGGCUACCGGUAUAUUGACAGCAUGGACGAGCUAUGUCCCGGGGCUGUGUAUCGUGGUGUGUCAUCCAUCAACUGAGAGCAUUCUAUUCUGAGAGAGAACGAUGGCUACUGGCAUAUUGACAGCAUGGAUUCUUGUGUCAAAAUGCUAUA